AUGCGAUUGAAUAAUCUGCGGACACUUUUUCUGGGUCAAAAAUCAAAACACCUUUUCAAACCAUUUUCGUUCCCGUUUUAUCGCUCACUUUGUUCCGCAGCUUCUGAUAAAUAUCAUUUCGUAAACGGUCAUAAGAUGUCGAAGGCCCCAACCGACAUGUCGCCUUGGCCGGCAUUCAUUGAUGAGAGGAUCAAGCUCUGGGAUAAGUUGAAAAACGAGUACGAUGCAGAAAUUGAGGCCAAAGAAUCCGAACCAAUCGAGAUCACUCUUCCCGACGGCAAAGUGCACGAAGGAAAAUCAUGGCGUACCACUCCAUUUGAAAUUGCUGAGAGAAUCUCGAAAGGCCUCGCCGAAGCCGCUGUGAUUUCUAAAGUAAACGGAGUAGUUUGGGAUUUGGAUCGUCCUUUCGAAGGAAACGCAACUCUAGAGCUUUUGAAAUUCGAAGAUGAUGAGGCGAAACAGGUUUUCUGGCAUUCAUCAGCCCAUGUUCUUGGAGAGGCUAUGGAACGGUAUUGUGGAGGACAUCUGUGUUAUGGACCACCAAUUCAAGAAGGAUUCUACUACGACAUGUGGCAUGAAAAUCGCACAAUCUGCCCGGAAGAUUUCCCUAAAAUAGACCAAAUCGUCAAAGCUGCCGUAAAGGACAAGCAGAAGUUCGAACGUCUUGAAAUGACAAAGGAGGAUCUUUUGGAGAUGUUCAAGUACAACGAAUUCAAAGUUCGUAUUAUCAAAGAGAAAAUCAACACCCCAAAAACCACUGUCUACCGAUGUGGACCAUUGAUUGAUUUGUGCCGUGGACCACAUGUUCGUCACACUGGAAAAGUGAAGGCAAUGGCUAUCACCAAAAACUCGUCUUCGUACUGGGAGGGAAAGGCUGAUGCUGAAUCUUUGCAAAGACUUUACGGAAUUUCGUUCCCAGACUCCAAGCAACUGAAAGAAUGGCAAAAGUUGCAAGAAGAGGCUGCGAAGAGAGAUCAUCGUAAGCUCGGAAAGGAGCAGGACUUGUUCUUCUUCCAUCAGCUCUCACCAGGAUCUGCCUUUUGGUAUCCAAAAGGAGCUCAUAUUUACAACAAGCUUGUUGAUUUCAUCAGAAAACAAUACAGACGACGUGGUUUCACCGAGGUCAUUACUCCAAACAUGUACAACAAGAAGCUUUGGGAAACUUCUGGUCAUUGGCAGCAUUAUUCUGAAGAUAUGUUCAAGAUUGAGGUAGAGAAGGAAGAGUUCGGAUUGAAACCAAUGAACUGUCCUGGUCAUUGUCUUAUGUUCGGUCAUAUGCCACACACCUACAACGAGCUUCCUUUCCGUUUUGCCGAUUUCGGAGUUUUGCACAGAAACGAAAUGUCUGGAGCUCUUACAGGUCUCACCCGUGUUCGUCGUUUCCAGCAAGACGAUGCUCAUAUUUUCUGUCGUCAAGACCAAAUCUCUGAAGAGAUCAAGCAAUGUCUUGACUUCCUCGAGUACGCUUACGAGAAAGUUUUCGGAUUCACCUUCAAGUUGAACUUGUCCACAAGACCAGAAGGAUUCCUUGGAAAGAUCGAGACCUGGGACCAAGCUGAAGCCGAUCUUACUGAAGCCUUGAAUGCCACCGGAAGAAAGUGGGCUCUCAAUCCAGGAGAUGGAGCUUUCUACGGACCAAAAAUCGACAUUACUAUUCAAGAUGCUCUUAAGAGAAACUUCCAAUGUGCUACAAUUCAACUUGACUUCCAGCUUCCAAAUCAAUUCGAUCUUUCAUAUUUUGAUGAGAAAGGUGAAAAGCAAAGACCAGUCAUGAUUCAUCGUGCCGUUCUCGGAUCAGUGGAACGAAUGACUGCCAUUCUCACUGAAAGCUAUGGAGGAAAAUGGCCAUUCUGGCUUUCACCGCGACAGUGCAAGAUCAUCACUGUUCACGAAUCUGUGAGAGACUACGCCAAAGAUGUGAAGAAACAGAUCUUUGAUGCUGGAUUUGAAGUUGAAUACGAUGAAUUCUGUGGCGACACCAUGAACAAGCAGGUGAGAAACUCUCAACUUGCACAAUUCAACUUCAUCCUCGUUCUCGGAGCAAAGGAGAAGGAGAACGGAACUGUAAAUGUGCGCACAAGAGACAACGCAGUUCGUGGAGAAGUACCAAUCGAAAAGUUGCUUUCGAAGUUCAGAAGAUUCGCUGACGAGUAUGUUGCCGACACUGAGAAGGCUGAGGAAUGGGAGUGA